GGGCUUCAUCCCCACUUUUUACGGCAGGUAGAACAUGCCUCUCAAACUUGCGAUAGUGCUCUAAAGAAACACUAGAUUCGGAGUGGUCCAGAUUUAGUAACCAAUCUUUUGCCGAGAUGCUGGGAAAGGCAAAAAUCGGGGGCAAGGAAAGAAAGAUUGAUAGGAAGCGGAGGAGGGGCAACUUGGUUGGGUAUAUAUCACACAAUAUCUACCGACAUGGAUUCAAGGAGACACGAAAUGUUGUCAAGCAUAAGUUGUGCAGCAAAGCCCCAGAUACAAGAUGCCAACAAUGCACAUCUUACAGAGCAACUGUAUGCUUAUUGGGCGGAAAGCCAGCAUCUUCGCAAUCGUGUUCACCUCCUCCAGGCCCAGCUCGAAAGCAGCCACGGGCAAUUGGUGAAAUGCCAUCAAAGCUAUUCAAUGAAAUGUCACGAGUACGGGCAAGUAGUUUCUGAGCUGGCACAGCUGCGAGAGCAAUUCAAGCGGCUCAACGAGAUGUUAUCUGGUGGACGGCACAAUUUGCAAGGUCCUGUCCCGGUCUUCCUGCAACUCGAAGCCAGGCAUAGAUCGGUACAGCAAGCUGAGAUUAAGAUAAGCCAACGAGCAACAGCCCUGAAAGUGGCUUGCCAGGGUUUGCAAAACGAAUUGUCCGAAAUAAUGGCUAGCGUCUCGGGAAAUAGUACAGGGACCUCGGAUUUACAUACCAAUUGAAGCCUUUUCGAUCAAGGGCCUAGGAGGAUUGGGCGUCAGGGAAAUCAGGCUUCUCGAUGUAGGGGAUAGGACAUCAAGAAUUUCCCCAUACUAAUAUCAUUAGAUGUUAUAUUGAAGUUUAAAAAUGGUGAUUUUUACUAAGGUCACAUUUUACAUAACUCAAGUUAUCAAGUCAUGGAACACGAAAGUUUGCGUCCUG